AUGAGACUAUUCGGAUUGAAUAGCCUUCUGCCAGAUCUGAAUCACCAAAUACACGUCAAAAAACUGUUUGUCCAUGCGGAAUCGCCUGAAUCUCUUCAGAAGAAUCUUCUAUCGAUUCUUCCCUGCUUGAAACCGAAGGAACUCGGGAAUAUUGGAGUUUUCGUAGAAGACCUUGACGAUCGGGAACCGGAAGAAGCAUUGAAAACAGUCAGGAAAAUCGCGAAUCUGGAACAAUGGAAGCAAGCGGAAGAACUCACUACUCAAGAUUGUUUCGAUGACUUCCCAUCGGAAUUUCUCAUGCAUUUCAAACGUUUUGUGAUUCUUGCAAGUGGUUUGAGAGAGGAUUUCUUGAUAAAUCUCAGAGAUUUUUUCUCCACAUCUACCAACUUCGAGUCAUGCACUAUCGAUUCAUACGAUCUCGCCGACUGCACUGAACACCUCGAAUCGUUCUGUGAGGAAGUGGAAUCAGGAGAUCCGUCCAUCUUCCUCUUCCACUUCAAAAUUUCUGACAAUUCGAGAAAGUUUUUUGAGUUUAAAAUUGACUACAAUGAAUACGUAAUGGUUAUCGAGAAGAAGAAUUUUUGA